CUACCAGAGCUGUCCGUUUUGACAGGGGUGCUGUGCGCAGGCGCGGAAAGGUACCGGGACUGGACGGAGUGCCGGCGUCGCGGAGCUACCCGUUUGUUUGGACAUGGCAGAGGUGGAGGAGACACUGAAGCGACUUCAGAGCCAGAAGGGAGUACAGGGCAUCAUCGUGGUGAACACAGAAGGCAUUCCCAUCAAGAGCACCAUGGACAAUCCCACCACCACACAGUAUGCCAACCUCAUGCACAACUUCAUCUUGAAGGCUCGGAGCACGGUGCGUGAAAUCGACCCCCAGAACGACCUCACCUUCCUGCGAAUUCGCUCCAAGAAAAAUGAAAUUAUGGUUGCACCAGGUAAGAGGUCUUCCACAUUCCCACUUAGGAGCAAACUGUCACAGCAUAUUCUGGAUAGCUUAUCAGGAAUACUUGGCACAUUAGUGUCCCCAUAGGUGCCAUUGCAAGGCCUGAAGAAUUGAAGGUACAGAGUUGAUUGCCUCACUGCCUAGCCAGUCUCUGGCUGGUAUCCCCAACAA